GGCACCUGUCAAUCACCUGCGGCUGUUGAAGUCGGCGGACGCGUGCGCGGAGCGCGCUCCCGCGGCACACGCUGGGACCGGCUGCGCGGCGAGUGCGGCGGCGGCGGCGGCAGCGGCAGCAGUGGUUCACCCUCGGAAUUGUGAAGACGUUUCCAUGGAGUCUUAUGUUGGUGCUAUUCAAGACAAACAAACGCAGCGAGAUUAUGGAAUCCAAAUCAGGUUUAUUCAAGACUCUCAAGAAGAAGCAGCAAGGGCGCAAAAACAUCAGGCUGGUGUUAACAAAGCAGGGUCUUACGGAGUCAGCAUUAGGGUGCAGGGAAUCGAUGGGCAGCCGUACGUUGUGCUAAACAGCAGCCAGGAUGGACAUAUGCAAAUGUAUGAGCCUCCUGAGAAUGGUUGCUUCAAUCCCACUGUGUCUCAAGAUGGUUUUAAACCGUAUUCUGGAUCUUACGCAAGAGAGCAGCGAAACACGCUCUCCACUAAUGGUCAUUUCACCUUUCCAGAAGGUCAACACUUCAAUUUGCUGAAGCCUUCUCCUUAUCCACAGUUGCUGAGAACACAGACCUCCAAGGUCAAGGAUGACGACAGCCAUGUGAAAGCAAGCAAUUUGCUGAAUUUCCAAAAACACCCUGAAAUUCUAAAGCCAUACAACCCUGAAAAGAGUGUCCUGAAGCAGUCUGGUUGGCAAAGUCUGACCAGUAGCAAGAGCUCUGAGAAGAAUAUUGACAGUUCUCUACAUCAUUUGCCCAAAUCAGAAUUUCCAAGGAAAUUAGAUGUUAGAUCGUCAAGCUCAAUUAAAUCCAGUGAUGAGAAAAAUAAUAUCGGUAAAGCUACGACAGUAGGUGAUCCAACCAAGAAAAUGGUAGGGCCCAUCAGCAGAAAGAUGGAAACGGGGAACAGCAAGAAAAAAUGUCAGAACGGUGCCAGUCCUGGUUCGGAAGAUUCCCGGACAACGCGGCCAGAUUUGCUCCCUUUGCGCCAGCCAGGUUCCAGCGGAAGAGGUUUUGGGGCUCCUGCCUUGUGUCGGUCUUCUUCAACUCCAACCUCGGCCGGUUCAGACAAGUUACCGCCUCCCAACAAGUUAUGGGUGGAUGACCCUGACGAAGAACUUUCUGCUGAAAAUAUAAACCGGCAUGAGAACAGGAGGUACAUUCCCUUCUUCCCAGGUACUGGUCGUGACAUUGACUCCGACCAUAUCCCUGGGGUCGAUGAGUUGAUUGAUAAAUUUGAUGGUAAAGAGAGGCACCAUCGACGAGGUAGGUCAGCAAGGAGAAACCGGAUUGAUCCAGAAGAUCGAAAACGAUCACGAAGUGUCGAUAGUGUUUUCCCUCCUAGGUCUCCAGAUAACUUUGCUCAUGCUGAUAGGAAGGUUGGAAUAACAAAUGAACACUUGCUGAGACCAUCACAACUGCACCGACAAAAUGCGAUAUCUCAAAGCCCUUCUCCGAGUGAGAAUCUGCCUGCCGCUAUCGUUGUCUCUACUGGUAGUCUUGGUCGGUAUCCAACGCAACCUGCAGUCGGUCAGGGAAACUUGAAGAGUGGGUUGGUCAAGAGUCCAAGUCAGACUGAAGUGGAUGGAGGAGCAACUUGUGAGCCCAGGGGGAGAAGUGUGAUUAAAUCUUCUACGCUCCCUGUAGGGGCAAUCAACAAGCCUGAAGCCAAAAGGGAGGAAACAGCAUCUGUUACACAAAUAAAGUCAUGCAAAACAACCCCGUCCUUCCUGGGGAUCAGUAAAAAGGGUUUGGAACAUCAGACAAGCCAAAAUGCCUGUGAUGAUGAUGCGCCGGUAACUCCUGACCUUUUGAAAGACCAACAAACGAACGAAGAGACAGCAAAACAGAUCCUUUACAACUAUCUGAAAGUGGGGAGCCAGGAUGAUGAUGCCACAAAAAAGAAAGUCAAUUUGGUAUUUGAGAAAAUCCAGACCUUAAAAUCAAAGAAUGCAGUCAGUCUGGAAGAGCAAAGGGACAAAAAGGAUGAUACUUCAUCUGAAUUCCAAGCCCUACUGGAGGAGAAAAAUGCGCUUGAAAAGAAUGUGGUUGCAAGUGAGAAGAAAGCAAAAGAACUGCAAAGGAAACUGGAUGAAGUGAUGAUGGUACAACAGAAUGAUAGAGAACAAAAAGAUCGGAGCAAAGACAAUCUCAAAAACCUGCAGCAAGAAAUGGAAGAGAAUUUAGAAGAAAAUAAUCGUCUACGGGAGCAGCUAGCAAAAAGUGAUAAAGAGCUUCGAAACCAGCUUGAAGAAUUGGUGCAAGUGAAGAUGGAGAGAGAGCAGUACCAGAGUGAAAUCAGAGACUUGCAGGAUCAGCUCUCAGAAAUGCACGAUGAGCUCGAUCGCGCGAAGUUCACUGGUGACAAUGAGGAGGAAAAAGAGACUCUGAUAAUGGAAAUGAUUGAAACAAAACAGCAGUUGGAAGAGGUGCUGAUAGCUAAGGAAGAUCAGCAGGAGAUGUUGAGGCGUAGGGAAAGAGAGCUGACAGCCCUUCGAGGUGUUCUGAAAGAGGAGGUGUCAAACCAUGACCGGGAGACGGAAGAGCUUAAAGAACAGCAUGAAAAGGAGAAACAGAAACUGAAGAAAAAUAUUGAGGAUCUAGUGCAGAGCAAAAGUAAACUGGAGCAAGGAAAUAUUGAAACCAAGCAAGCAAAGACCAUAGCAGAGGAUCAAGUGAGGCGCCUCAUGGAUGAAGUAGAGAAGUUGAAAAGGAAAGUUGUCAAACUACAAGCUGAGAUUGGUGAACGCGAUCAAAUAAUUGAUAACAUGAAGGAAGAAGAGAACAGACAGAAGGAUAAACUUGCACGACUGGAGCAAGAGAAGAAGCAACUGGAAUCGGCCUUGAGGGAAGUUGGAGAUCAGGAACAGGAUGUCUCGAUUGCAAAAAGAGCUUUGGAAAGUCGGCUGGAAGAUGUCCAGAGAAACUUCAACAAGAGAUCACAGGAGUAUCAGGAAUUAAAUGAAAGAUUUCAGACAGAGACCGUUCAGAAGGACCUUCUAAAGAAAAUGAAGAAUGAAAUGGAGGAUGAGAAAAGGCAGUUGGAGAAGAUGGUUGAAAAGCUUCAGAAGGAGAUGGCUGAGAUGAUUAAGGACUCUCAGAGGUCGAGCCUUGAUCUGCGGAAGGAACUUGAUGAGUGCAAGGAAAAGAGCCGCAGUCAGCUGACCGCUCUGCAGCAGCAGCUGAAAACUAAAGGCCUGGAGGCUGAGAAAUCUCAGAUAAUAACCAAGAAACUGCAGGAUGAGAUACGGCACCUGCGAGAGCAGUUGGAAGAGUGUUACCGAGAGCGAGAUGAAGCGUUUCUGAAGAGCCAGCAGCUGAAGCAGAACAUCAGCGACCUGGAGCGCGACCUUGAAAGUAAAACGCAUUGUGUCGACGAUCGAGUGCGACAGGUCAAGCAAAUGGAGGAUAAACUGGCGGAUUUGGAGAUGGAGCUGGAUGAGGAGAGAAACAAUUCAGACCUCCUGACAGAUCGCAUCAAUAGAGACAGAGAGCAGAUUGAGCAGAUGCGAAAUGAGCUUUUCCAGGAAAGAGCUACAAGACAAGAUCUGGAGUGUGACAAGAUCUCAUUAGAGAGACAGCACAAGGAUCUAAAGAGCAGAAUCGCGUACCUGGAAGGUUCUCAGAAACAGAAUAAGGAAGGAAUUGUUACUCAGCUAGAAGCAAGAAUCCAGGAACUGGAAGAACGUCUUGAAGAUGAGGAGAGGGAAAGAUCUGCUCUGCAACUGAACAAUCGUAAACUUGAAAGAAAGACCAAGGAGUUAAUGCUGCAAAUAGAUGAUGAACAUCUUCAUCUGACGGACCAGAAGGACCAGUUGAAUCUACGAUUGAAAGCAUUGAAAAGACAAGUGGAUGAAGCAGAGGAAGAAAUAGAUCGCCUGGAAAAUGCAAAACGAAAAGUACAGAGAGAGCUGGAGGAACAAGUAGAAGCCAAUGAAGAACUCCAAAGACAAAUGAAUUCAUUAAAGAAAGAUCUCAGACGUAAAAAUUCAGUGGCAAAGGUUUCAUCCUCGAUCCUAAAUGAUUAUGAAAAUGAUUACAGUACAGAUGAAGACAGUAUCUAUGACACAGACUUUAAACCAUCGAGGGAAGGUAAUCUGUAGGCCCACACCUAAACUGGAGCUGAAUCAUGAGAUGAAGGGAAGAAGGAAUGUAAUGGGUUAAUUAAUAUAUCUUUCAAAAAAUGACAUAAUUAACUGUACCUGAUGCUACAUGUUUCUAAGUUUUAGUAAUGAAACCCUUAAUGAUACUGUAUGAUGUGAAAGUAUCUUUGAUGUAUACCUUCUCUGCUGCCUCGCUGUGUAACGUGCUGGGUUUGAAUAUUUGGAGCCAUUUGAGGAAUUAACAGAAGGCCAUAUUUUCCUGCUCAUCCAUUUUGAAGACAAGUUAAAAUCUUAACUUUUUUAAAAUAAGCAAGAGGUUAGAUUUUAAUGUGUCUGCAGGUUGUAAAUAACAUUAAACUACAGAGAUUUCCUAUCUUUAUAAUUUAAACUGCUACAGUGCCAAUAAUACCUGUGGUUUCUCAGCUAGGUUUUGUGUUCUGAGACACUUCGAUAAAAUAAUCACCUUUGAUUACUUCUGCAAUAAAAUUAAGUGUAUUGGUUGCUGGUUGCACACUAGGUACCAUCAAUUUCUACACUUCUACUUCUGUGUGUGUGUGUGUGUGUGUGUGUGUGGGGUCUGGGGUCAUGUCUGUGUAAAUGUGUGUUUGUGUGCUCAUGCCUGUGUGUGUGUGUGUUUGGUCAUGUCUGUGUCAAUAUGCCUGAGUGUGCAUAUGUGUGUGUAUGGGUGUGUUUCACUAUCUACCACUGUGGUGAAGAGCUUGGAAUUAGCGGAGAAUUUGCCCCCAAGGACAAGAUUAAAAAUGAGAGACCCUCCCCCUCCAAUGGAACCAUGUUGGGGACUGUGGUGCCUGAAUUGCUCACUGGUCAUUGGCUGGUAUCUUAAUGAGGGUGCAUGCCUCAAAUUCUAUUGGUCAUUUCAAAUAACACCUCCACACCCCCUCCCCACAGAAAAACAGGGGUCAAAUGGAAGAUUGAAAUGUUCAAAGUCGGAGACCUCCAUCCAUCUCGCUCACCUCCUGCUUUAAUGGAGGUGCAGGGUGAAGGGUAGCAAACCAGUUCCAUUUCAGGAGGUGAGCCGGUUGUUGAAGGUCCCGGUGGAGGCUGCAUGCUUUUGACAGGGUUUCCGUUCUUUUGACGUAGUUUGUGUUUUUGGGUUGCCUGAGUCUCGGGAGACCCAGCGGGAAUACGGCUGUCCCCAACUAGUGUCUUUUCAGCUGGGCUUCUGAGCUAGAGCAGGCCCAAUAAACAGCCCUACAGAAAGCAGGCCCCACCCUCUCCGUCCCCCGCAGUCUCCCCGUUCCACAGCUCGUCAUACAGCUGUGCCCCGCUGACAUCCAUUAAAUCCCAGCAGAUUCCACCCCUUGCCCCACAGCCACCGGCUCUAUAACCCCAGCUCCUACGGACCCUCGACUGUGACCUUCUCUCUGCAGAUGAUUUUACCGUUCACCAGGUAGCCGCCCCUGUCAAUAAAGCUGGCUUCCAAGUGGGGAACCUGAAGGUCAUGAGUUAAAAUUGUGUGGCAUCUGGAGAAACCUGCCUGUCUGAGUGUGCUGACAGUGUCUCCUUCACCUCUCUCAUCUCUGUACCCCAUGUCUCCCACCACCCCCAACAAGGUGGCUCUUUUGUUUCUGUUCCAGAUUUAACUCUGGUCAGGUUUCCUCUGGUUUGUGACAUUGAGUUGGCUGGAGAGAGGUGAGAACGAUUUUGCAGCACAUUAACACCGUUCCAACACUGCUGGUGAUGCUUGGAGUGUUUCCCAUUCAUCCUCGCACAAUCCCCUCCCCCAGUUCUUUCCCUCAAGCCACAGCUACUGCUUUCCUUGAGUGCAUUGGGCCGUACCCACAUUGUGUGACUGACCACAGCCGUGCCUGGCAUUGCAGACCAACCUUCUAAGGACCUUUCAAUCAGCCUGGGAAACAGCUCUGUUGAUGGAUCCACAGGACCAGCAGGGAAUGUGAACCUCUGGCUUCCCAAUCAUCCCACUGCCUCCCCUCGAUCUCCUUCACCAUCAGGGUCAGACUACCUGUGAUAGGGAUAAGGAUGAAGGCCCCUUUGCUGUGAAUAGGUGCCCCGGAAUGUCGUCGUCUUGUGGAGGAGAAGAGAGUCAGAGAAAAAAAGGAAUUCGAUAUCUUUGGUAAAUAGUUUGACAGCAUGUUCACUUCCUUCCACGUGUAAUUAAAAUUAACCUCAUUCAAAAAUCAGAAGAAAUUUACAUUUAUUUUCAACAAUAGUUUUGCUGUUGCAGGUCCCUUAAAUUGUGCCUGUACUUUUUCACAGCAGGGUGCCUUCUACUGAAUAUUUCUUUUUAUCACUAUAAUGUAUUGACAAAAUAUCAAAAAUGCCAUUGUUUAAGUAUUUUAUAAAGUGUGGACUAGAGCUGACAUCACUUGUGUUUCUCUUAAUGAUAAACCAGUUAUUCAAAAUAGUUCUGCCUUUCAACAUUUUAUUAAAUAUGAAAGUUACACAAUACUAUUUUAAUACUUCCCAUUUUGGUUUGGAUAACAAUGAAAUUUUAUAAAUAUUGUAUAAAAAAGGUUUUGCUAAGCUGAUUUUUAUUACUCAUGUAAUGUAUAAUAGAAACUAGAUUAAAUGCACAUUGAGAGUGACAAUCAAUAAAGUGCAAUAUAUCUGCAAGCAUUUAACAUGAUUUAUUGUGUUAGGAAUAUAUGGAGAGUUGUAUUUGGAUGUCUUAAACUCCAGCACUGCUAAAAGUCUUAUUUUAAAUCACUACAUUUAAUCGUUUGUCCUUUGGGCAUUAGAAUUGGCUGUUGUUUUUAAACUCUGAAGCUACCUCCAUGCAGAUAAAGCUGUAAGACACCACUUACUACAAAUAAAGUUUUAAAAACAUUCUUAA